CAAGACAUUGGAUCAGCAGCUCGAUCCUCAAAUCGUCAGCAUUCAGCAUAGCAUUCGAUUUCGAUUCAGCGUCCCGAGGAAGUGGGAAAAGUAGAUCUUCUACAAUCUAGAUCUAGAUCUAGACCUGGAGUGUAAUCUCUGAAAUAAGUGGAUAUAAUUUCUUUCUGAUCGGUUGAUCUCUCGGAAAAAUAACUGGUUCAGGCAAAAGAAAAAAAAAAUGCAAGCUAUUGCUUGUCAUGUUCUGCUGUGGACGAGCGUCCUAGGACUGAUGACGUUGUCUUGCAUGGAUGGUGCUAGAGUAGAGACUGGAGAAGAUCACGUCGACCCCUUUGACAUCCUGAACUUUGACCCUGCACAUGUGCGCAUGACGAAAGAUCCCAAAGAUUCUCAAAAUACAAAGGAACAUAAACAUCCAUAUGAAAAUCCUCGUGAAAAUCCCACUGACCUGGAAAAUCAGAGAAAAACAACGAAAGAAGAUGAACAAGGAUCUAACAAGGAUGAGAUUCCAGGGGGCCAGAAAGCGUCUGAAGUGGGUGCGUCUCAGACGUGUGGAUCUCUGACAGCUCUCUUCAAACAGUACCUGAAACAAUUGUUGCAUCUUCUGGAACCUCUUGUUGGCUCAGUUGGCGGAGAGCAUGACGUGUGUCUCAAGGUCAGAGUGACCUAUCAUGACCUGGCUGUGUUUAGACGAUUUGCCAACUCUCACUCUCUCGAUGUCCACGAUGUUCACGAGUCUUUGAGUCACAUACUACAAGAUGCACAGAAAGUGACGGCCGCUGGGUCGCGGGUUUUCUGGCUGGAGGAGAAACUGGGAGUGUCCAGUGCCAGCCUGGGACAGAUCUCCAUCAUUGUUUCGGCAGCAGCGUUUCUGUUUCAAGCUCUCCGAAGAAUGAACUGGAAAUGGCUACCGUUCAUAUUGUUCGCUGUGAGCGCAGUCUUUACUUGGUUUGAAAUGUUCCAGGCGUGUGCUGUGGUGGUUGUGAAGAUAUUUGUAACACCUCUGGAGGUCGUCGGCUCUGGUUUCAAGCGCCUCCUAGUGUCCCUUCUUCACGGCCUGCCCCUGCAACAUCAGUUCUACCUCAUGGUCUUCCUGGCUCUGCUAUUUCUCCUGCUGCCCUUCUGCGCCUUUGGGUACAGAGUUCGCAUCCCAUUUUUGUUGGCCAUCGAACCACUGCAAAGGACACAGGUACAGGAGAUACGCCACAUGCCACAAGGUGCUCUAGACACUGAUGACAGUAAUGUUGCAGCGCCAUCUUCAGCAGGUCGGCUAAACAGAGGAGGAAGAGGAGGAGGAGGAUCAGUGCGCCGCCUAGUGAGUGCUGAAGAGUCCUCACUUUCUGAACGUAUGUCCGCUCUGUCCAUCAGCCCGUCUGAGACUGUGUCAGCAACAGACCAGAGACAGGAAAAUGUUGAGACCCCUGUCUCUCGGUUCACUCCCAGCGUGCCGGCAGCUGAGCGGAGCGUGUCUGCGAGAUCAGAGGAUUACUGCUCCUCUGCCGUAGCUUCCUCAGCUGGCUCUAGGGCUGGAACAGCAGCUGUAUCCAGCUCAGAAAACCUUCCCUCCAGCAGCACGGAUGUCUCUGUUGUAGACAAAACAGUGGCUGCUGUAACUUCAGAGGAUCUCUUGAGCAGCAGCACAGACAUUUCUGGCACAAAUAAAACAGCAGCUGUCACGACUUCAGAAGAACUUUCACGCAGCAGAACAGACAAAACAGGUGCUGUUGUUACUUCAGAAGAACCUAUACACAGCAGUACAAAAAAAGCGGGUGCUGUAAUAACUUCAGAAAACCUCUCACACAACAGAACAGACAAAACAGCUGCUGUUGGUCCGUCAGAAGAACUUCCCUCCAGCAGUUCUGACGUGGCUGUUGUAGACAACACUAGACCUGCGCGUUCAUGUGAGUCGCGUACGUGUAGCAGUCUUGACUCUCCCACAGGAGUCGGUGUAGCGGGAUGUGUGGAUGACGUGGACAGUCUAGCCGGAGGGGAUUCUGUCUCGUCUAAUAUGGACAGUGAGAAGAAGGUUUGAAUUUUUCCUCAAAUGGACAAUGAGGUGGUUUUCCCACUAUGAGAUGAAAGUUUUGGGGAGUAGACAGUGCGGUGAAAGGUGAAUGUUUUGAAGGUUUUCCUGAAGAAUGGUCAAUGAAAUGAAGGUUUGCCCACAAUGGGAUGAAAGUUUUCGUGAGUAGACAGUGAGCAGUGAGAAAAAAAGGUGAACGUUUUAAAGGUUUUCCUGAGUGGACAAAGUUGUGAAGGUUUGAAGAUUUUCCUAAAUGGUCAGUGAAAUGAAAGUUUGCCCACAAUGGGAUGAAAGUUUUCCUGAGUGGACAAUGGGGUAAAGGGUUUCCCAAACUGACAAUGAGACGAAGGUUUUUCCCACAGGGAGAUAAAGGUUUUCCCAAAGACUUGGUUCUUGACAGCCACCAACCUUAACGGUAUCAGAAUGUUGUGAUAUGUUUUUUUUAAUGUACAUAUAUUUUUAUGUUAUUUACUCCUCUCUUACCGAGACUUGAGAGGAAUGUUAUAUGGCCUAUUCAUCUAUUGCCCAUUUUAUGAAAUCUCUAAGCCACAAUAUCAUUAUUUUACUAGGGAAUGAAAUGAGUGUAAAUUUUAUCUCUUCACUUUGUCUGAAAGAAAGUGUACAUAUAUUUUAUGAUGUUUCUUUUUUAGUUCUUGGAUUGAUGUAGGGAAAUGACUAACAGCUAGCUGCUGUGCCAUAUAACUGAGAAUGUUGAUUUUGCACAAUUUGUUUAGAGUAUUUUAGAUUUCAUGAGUGAGCCCAUGUCUAUAAAAUUUAUUCCUUGGAGAUUUUCAUUAAAGUGUUUUAAGAGAUAAUCA